AUGCCGCCAGCUCUCCGGCGAAUAAUCCUGCUGGCCGCGGCGGUGCUGCUGUGGUCGGCCGCCUGCGUCGCGGACGACGACGACUCGACAUUCUUGCCGCCGUCGCCGCCGGGGACCGCGUCGCCGUUCCCGUUCUGCCCGGCGCGGCCGGCCAGGGUCUCCACGGGGCCGUUCCCCUGGUCGCCGCCGCAGCCGCCGCCGCCGUCGACGUCGUCCCCGGUGGCGGUGUUCCCUCAGGAUCCGGGGUUCUUGCCGUCGGGGGCGUGCCCCGUCAGCGGCGCGGUGGCAUGGCUGCCGCUGCUCGCUGUGUUAUCUGCUUUCUUGGUGCUUUUGCAGUGA